UCAUGAUCAUAUCAAUAACAUUUCAUAUCAUUUAUUAUCUGCAAUAAAAGCUACACUGUGGCUUGAUCGUCAUUGCACAAAGUUGAAACAAGAACAUGUUGACUCAAGCAUGUUGCUCUUUCAUUCAACCAUGAAUCACUCUGAAGUUCGAGUGUUUGCAAAGCAUCUCCAAGCACCUGGAGUUGUGCAUCAAGUCUGCAUUGGUGACUGGACUGGAUUUCGGAAUGAAUGGAAUGAAUGUCUUUCGCAAGAGAGGCCAGACCAACUCGACGUGAUCGUUGGGAAAGGGUCAUUCCUUUCGCUCUACAAGUUUACAAUCGAUAAAACUGAUGUAGAGGAGCGACCUAAGGGAUCAUUUCAGAUAGUUCACGAGCAACCAGUAUUCGGGACUAUCAAGGAUAUGAAGGUUAUGCGCUGUACAUUUGAAACGGAAGUCGAAGGCGACAUGAAAAUGGAAACUGAUAUGGAUGACGGGCUAGAUCGUCCGAGAUAUGGUUACCUUCCAAGACACGCAUCGUCAUUUGUUGUAGCGGUAACAUCUGACUCUGGUUAUCUGUCAUUAUUGACAUUCUACUUCAAUGGGGAUACAAAGGAUACGACGGAUCAGGGAAAGUUUUAUACGCUGCAGCAGGUAUAUUUGUACUUGAAAGGCGUCAACAUGGCCAAUUGGUUUUAGUAGAUGGACAGUUUGUAAUUAUCUUGAGUGCUAUUAGACUUUUCCCCUUUUCUUUCUAACAGAUGUAGCAAUUGCUCGAGAU